ACUCCUUUCUAUUUCUAUAAAAAAGUCCAGAUUCAGGGAGAAUUUAUCUUUCUUUCCAAUCAUCCAUCACCAACUACCAGAAAAACAUCAUCUUCGUGUCUUCUUAAAGAGCAGAUAGCAAGCACUCUUUGUAUUCUGUACAAAUAUAACGACCCAUAACCUUUCCUCUUUCUUUUUUUUUUUUUUUUUAAGCUCACAAAUCUUUAUCGAUCGUCGUGUAUAGGCAGGCGCGCCAUUGUUAUGGGAACUGCUCAAAACAGAGCACUUCGGUGCUCUGUUUUGCUCUGCUUUUCUAUCUUAGUUUUUCUUUUGUUGAGCUCCGGUCGGGUGUCCGGCCAAUCAUUACCCGUUUUUGCAUGUGAUUUUGGAAGCAAUCCGGCGUUGGAGAAUCUUGCGUUCUGUGACACGUCGUUGGGGAUUGAUAUGAGAGUGGCGGACUUGGUGAAGAGGCUAACAUUGCAGGAGAAGAUUAGGUUCUUGGUGAACAGUGCAGGUAAUGUGAGUAGGCUUGGGAUACCCAAGUACGAGUGGUGGUCAGAGGCUCUUCAUGGAGUCUCUUACGUCGGUCCGGGAACUCGGUUCUCGAAAGUGGUGCCUGGAGCUACCAGCUUUCCUCAGGUGGUUUCAACCGAAGCAAGAGCAAUGUACAAUGUAGGACUAGCAGGCUUGACAUUUUGGUCACCAAACAUUAACAUAUUUAGAGACCCCAGAUGGGGAAGAGGCCAGGAGACUCCUGGAGAAGAUCCAUUGCUCUCGAGUAAAUAUGGAUCAGGUUAUGUAAGAGGGCUUCAACAAAAUGAUGAUGGGGACCCAAAUGGACUUAAGGUUGCUGCAUGUUGUAAACAUUAUACAGCCUAUGAUGUGGAUAAUUGGAAAGGGAUCGACCGGUUCCAUUUCAAUGCUAUGGUAUCAAGGCAAGAUCUGGGUGAUACAUUUCAACCACCAUUCAAGAGUUGUGUUGUUGAUGGCAAUGCUGCCAGUGUCAUGUGUUCGUACAACCAGGUUAAUGGUAAGCCAACCUGUGCAGACCCUGACCUCCUUUCAGGGGUCAUCCGAGGCGAAUGGAAAUUAAAUGGAUACAUUGUUUCAGAUUGUGAUUCCAUAGAAGUACUCUACAAUUCCCAACGCUACACCAAGACACCUGAGGAGGCUGCAGCCAAAGCUAUAUUGGCAGGAUUGGAUCUUAACUGUGGAUCUUUUCUGAGCAAGUACACAGCAGGUGCAGUGAAAGGAGGAUUUCUCGAUGAAGCGGCCAUUGACAAGGCCAUAUCUAACAAUUUUGCGACCCUAAUGCGACUUGGCUUCUUUGAUGGUGACCCAAGAAAGCAACUUUAUGGCAAACUAGGUCCAAAAGACGUGUGCACCCCAGAGCACCGGGAACUGGCCCGUGAGGCGGCUAGGCAAGGUAUAGUGCUGCUUAAGAACAGUCCGGGAUCUCUUCCUCUGUCUCCCACUGCCUUCAAAUCCUUGGCAGUAAUUGGUCCCAAUGCCAAUGUCACAAAAGCCAUGAUUGGAAACUAUGAGGGCACCCCGUGCAAAUAUACAACUCCUUUGCAAGGCCUGACGGCCUCAGUCGCGACAACUUAUGAGCCUGGUUGCUCCAAUGUGGUCUGCAGCACUGCACAGCUUGAGGAUGCUAAGAAUAUAGCAGCCUCAGCAGAUGCCACUAUACUUAUAAUGGGUGCAGACAAAUCAAUCGAGGCAGAGAGUCGGGACAGAAUCGAUCUCCGUCUUCCAGGACAGCAGCAACUUUUAGUAACGGAAGUUGCAAAGGUAUCCAAGGGACCCGUUAUUCUUGUUAUAAUGUCUGGGGGAUGCAUGGAUAUCUCAUUUGCAAAAAGUGAUGACAGAAUUACGAGCAUCCUAUGGGUUGGUUACCCUGGAGAAGCUGGAGGAGCUGCCAUAGCUGAUGUGAUUUUUGGAUAUUUUAAUCCAAGUGGAAGAUUACCCAUGACAUGGUAUCCGCAAUCAUUCGUCGGCAAGGUCCCCAUGACAAACAUGAUGAUGAGACCCGAUCUUUCCAAUGGUCACCCUGGGCGGACGUACAGGUUCUACACUGGGGAAACCGUUUAUUCAUUUGGAGAUGGACUAAGCUAUUCCAGUUUCAACUACCACCUAAUUCAAGUACCUAAGCUAGUUUUCAUACCCUUAGAAGAGGGUCACAUUUGCCACUCAUCAAGAUGCAAGUCAUUAGAUGUUGGCGAACAGCAUUGUCAAAACCUGGGUUUUGACAUUCAGCUAAGAGUUAAAAACAUGGGAAGGAUGAGUGGAAGCCAUACCGUUUUCUUGUUCUCAACUCCUCCAUCAAUUCACAACUCACCUCAGAAGCACUUGGUGGGUUUCGAGAAGGUGUUCUUGAAAGCGCAAACAGAAACACAAGUCAGGCUCAAGGUGGAUGUUUGCAAGGACUUGAGUGUGGUUGACGAGAGUGGAAACAGGAAAAUUGCCCUGGGACAACACGUGCUUCAUGUUGGGAGUUUGAAAAGCUCAUUGAGUCUGAGGAUUUGAAUUAAAUCACCAACUACUCUGCAAUUUAUUUUAUUUGGUUGGUGAGGGAGAGAUGCUGGAGGCUUUCCCAGAAGGAAGUUGAAUUUGAGCUCUGAUAAAGGCAUCUCAAAAUGGGAAAAAAAAAGCCAUAAUAAGUUGAGAGAGUGGCAACAAUUCUCUCAAUAAUUCCAGAUAGUCAAAGUGUCAAUAAUAACAAAUUUGAAAGCCAAA